UUGGAUUUUUUUUUUGCUGAAGGUAUAAAAAAUGAAAUCAAUAAUUCUCUCUUUAUUUCUAUUUAUUUAUAGAUAAUAAAUAGAAAAAAAAAAGACAGAAAAGAUAUAUCAAAUGACUAUCAAUCAAUAAGAUAUAAAGAGGGCUUUUUUCGAGCCCUACUUUUUGUUCUUUUUGUUUAUGCGAUGUAUCAUAAGCAUAAUAAUUCUUUUUUUUGAAUUGGGGAGAGAUGGCUGAGUGGACUAAAGCGGCGGAUUGCUAAUCCGUUGUAUGAAUUUUUGUACCGAGGGUUCGAAUCCCUCUCUUUCCGUUUAUUGAUGAUUUGGUAUUUUUUUCUUUUGAAAUUAUGGAGUUUCUUUUUUUUUUCUUCCCUCUUUGUUUAAUUUUUUUUACUAGUUAAAGAUGUAAAAUAGAUAAAAAAACAAAAAAUAUUUCAAAAUCCAGCACAAGUAAGCAAAACAAAAAAGAUUUUCUUAUUCUUCACGUCCAGGAUUACGUCCUGGAUCAUUAGAUAGGAAUCCGAAGAUGAAAAGAGAAACAAAGAAUAUCACUAUCGUGUAAACAAAUAGUUUUAGAGUAAGCAUUACAAAAUCUCCAAGAUAAUAAAAAAAAAACGCCAGAGAAAGAGAAUAGAUUCUCUUCUAUUUCAUAUUAUGUUUCCUUUGAUACUAAGUUUAUAAAAAAUGAAGUAAUUUCAAAAAAAAAACUUAGGAAAUUUUUAUGUAGUAAGAAUUGAGUCUUUAUAUUACCAAAAUUUUUUUCAUAUCCACAAUUCAAGAUCUAGGUAUUGGUGGUGGACUCCAAUCGAAUAAUAGAAUUUUCAUUUUUUAAUGGAAAAAACAGAAAUGAUGAGAUGGUCCAGAUUUUUAUUGUCUAUCCAAAAAUUUAAAUAUUUGGAAUCAAGGAUUUACGCCGUAAAACUUAUCUGAUCUUUAAAAAUGUUAUCAUUUUUAUUUUCGAAUCUUAAUAAUUUUUUUCGGACAUUAUUCAAAUUAAAGAUCUUAUCGAAAACUUACAGCAGCUUGCCAAACAAAAGCUAAGAGAAAAAAGAGUAAGGGUAUUACUGGCAUAAAAUCUACAAUUGGAUUCAAAAAAGCGUAGGCUUCAGGUAAUUUUGCCAAGAAAAAACUACUUGAAUAAAGGGCAGAGUUAAUACAAAUACAGACCAAGCUAAAGAUAUUAAGCAUAACAAAAAUGUUGUUCUUUAAGAAAAUAAAUUGUAUUUUUGCUUUUUUUGAAUUCUCAUUUUUAUUGUAUUUUUUUAUAUUAUGUUAUUAUUAUAUAUAUGAUAUGAUUUAUUAUAUAUAUAAUUUUAUAGAAUUUGAUUUAUUAUUAUCAUUUUUAUUUAUUAUACUCUUAUAUUAAAAUAUAUUAAAAUGAAAUAGAAAAGAAAAAAUCAAUUUUGAUUUCUAAAUAUAUAUAGAAAUAAUUUGAAAAGAAAAAAUGGAAAAUAAUGGAAUAUAAAUAAGUCAACUAUUGAAUUGAUAUUUAUAGAUAGGAAUAUUACUAAAUCAGUAAAAAAACUAAAAAAAUGAAUCAACUAAGAUCAUACCCCCAAUCCCUUAUUUCAUUUUAACUUAUCCAGUUCAAAACAGUUUCAUUCUGAAAUCCAAAAUCGAAGAAAUCAUAUAUUCAUACAAUAUCUUAAUUGAAUUCUAUGUAAUGAUCAAUAAAUUCAGUUUAAUUCGAUAUUUAUGCAUAUCCAAAUUCUAGUAACAGUUUAAUUUAUUCUAUAGAAUAAAUUUAGAACUGGAAUUGACGAACAACCCAUAAUAGUAUUUAGUAAUGUCGAAUCCUAAAUGGGGCGUGGCCAAGCGGUAAGGCGACGGGUUUUGGUCCCGUUAUUCGAAGGUUCGAAUCCUUCCGUCCCAGGUCAUGGAUAUUCAUGACAUAUCCUUAGAAUAUAAGAAUAUGUCAUGUAUAUUCAUGAUAUAUCCUUAGAAUAUAAGGAUAUAGUAACCGGAAAAAGUAUAUCGGAAUAAAUAUUACCUUUUUUUUUUUCUUAAAGAAAUUCAUUUUUUAGAUUUACAAACUAUGAAAAUAGAAUAUUCAAUUUAUUGAUAGAAUAUCGACUUAAUUUUUAGAUUACAAAUAGUUAUAAAUUUAAAUACUUACUCUAUUAUUACUGAUUUAUAAAAAAAAGUGGAUUUAUAGGUAAAACUUAAAUGACUAUUCAUCUAUUGUAUUUUCAUGUAAAUAGGAGGAAAAAGUUCUAUGGAAAAGUGGUGGUUCAAUUCAAUGAUGUUUAAUAGGGGUUUAGAAUACAGGUGUGGUUUAAGUAAAUCAAUAGACAGUUUUGGUCCUAUUGAAAAUAACAGUGUAAAUGAAGACCCAUCUAUUUUAACUGAUAUGGAUAAUAUUAUUUUAAUUGAUAUGGAUAAUACUAUUCAUGUAGAUGUCAGGGUUGUAAAAACAAUAGUGAGAAUUCUAGUUAUAGACAUGAACAUACCGAAUUUACUAUCUGAUAAAACUUUUUUAGUUAGCGAUAGUAAUAGUUAUUUCAUAUAUGAUUGGAAUAAUAUCAUUAAUAGUUGUAUUGAAGGUUAUAUGCUUUCUGAAAUCGGUAUUGAUAGUUCCAUUAUACAUAAUAUCAUUGAGAAUAACAAUGAGAAUAAUCCGCAGGAGGAGGAUAAAAAUGAAAAAUUACACAAGUCCAGUUAUAGAUUUGAUUACAGAUUUGAUUACAGAUUUGAUGUUAGAUUUGAAGUCAGAUUUGAAACUGAUAGUGAUAAAGAAAAGGAUAGUGGCAAUGAUGAUGAUAAGCUCCAAAAGGCUAGUGACAUUUUAGAACCUGUAAAUUACAGUGCUGAAAAUUACAGUGAUAGCGACAAUGAUAGCGACGAUAAUGAUCCUGAUGAUGAUUAUGAUACGCUCCAAAAGGGUACUGACACUUUAGAACCGGAAAAUGACAAUGAUACUGAUGAUUAUGAUAAGAUCCAAAGGGCUCAUUACAUUUUAGAACCGGAAAAUGACAGUGAUACUGAGCCUGAUGAUGAGCCUGAUUAUGAGCCUGAUGAUGAGCCUGAUGAUGAGCCUGAUGAUGAUGAUAAGCUCCAAAAGGCUAGUGACAUUUUAGAACCGGAAAAUCCUAGUGAUAGUGAGAAGGUCCAAAAUAGUAGUGAAAUCGAGAGUACUGGUAUAAUGGAAAAUCCUAGUGAUAGUGAGAAGGUCCAAAAUAGUAGUGAAAUCGAGAGUACUGGUAUAAUGGAAAAUCCUAGUGAUAGUGAGAAGGUCCAAAAUAGUAGUGAAAUCGAGAGUACUGGUAUAAUAAGAAAAGAUUUUUCGCAUUUGUGGGUUGCCUGCGACAGUUGUUAUGGAAACAAUUAUAAGAGAUUUUUUAAAUCAAAAAUGAAUAUUUGUGAAUACUGUGGAUGUCAUUUGAAAAUGAGCAGUUCAGAUCGAAUCGAACUUUUGAUUGAUCCAGGUACUUGGAAUCCUAUGGAUGAAGACAUGUUCCCUGUGGAUCCCAUUGAAUUUAAUUCGGAAGACGAACCUUCUGAAAAAGGUUUGGAAGACGAAGACGAACCUUCUGAAAAUAGUUUGGAAGACGAACCUUCUGAAAAUAGUUUGGAAGACGAAGACGAACCUUCUGAAAAUAGUUUGGAAGACGAACCUUCUGAAAAAGGUUUGGAAGACGAAGACGAACCUUCUGAAAAAGGUUUGGAAGACGAAGACGAACCUUCUGAAAAAGGUUUGGAAGACGAAGACGAACCUUCUGAAAAUAGUUUGGAAGACGAAGACGAACCUUCUGAAAAUGAUGAUUAUCAAAAUCGUCUUGAUUCUUAUCAAGACAGAACCGGAUUACUGGAUGCGGUUCAAACAGGCACAGGUCAAGUAAAUGGUAUUCCUGUAGCAAUAGGUAUUAUGGAUUUUGAGUUUAUGGGAGGUAGUAUGGGAUCCGUAGUGGGUGAGAAAAUCACUCGGUUGAUUGAAUAUGCUACCAAUCAACGUUUACCUCUUAUUAUAGUAUGUGCGUCUGGAGGAGCGCGUAUGCAAGAAGGAAGUUUGAGCUUAAUGCAAAUGGCUAAAAUUUCUGCUUCUUUAUAUAAUUAUCAAAUCAAUCAAAAGUUAUUCUAUGUACCGAUACUUACAUCUCCUACUACUGGUGGGGUAACAGCUAGUUUUGGAAUGUUGGGGGAUAUCAUUCUUGCCGAACCCGAUGCUUACAUAGCAUUUGCAGGUAAAAGAGUAAUUGAAGAAACGUUGAAGAUCGAAGUGCCCGAAGGUAUACAAUCGGCUGAAUUUUUAUUCGAAAAGGGUGCAUUUGAUUCACUCGUACCACGUAAUUAUUUAAAAGAGGUUUUAAGUGAGUUAUUGCAUUUCCAUGGUUUCUUUCCUUUGACUCAAACUGAAAACUAAUUCAGACUCUAAUUUGAUUUUUGUAUAAUAAAUUAUUAUUAUACAAAAAUCAAAUUAGAACACACAGUAAUAAGAUAAGAAUAGAAAUAAUAAAAAUAAAAACAUUUAUUAUCAUACACAUGUUUCUUGUAGAAAUAGAGGGCAAAAUAAAUCCAGUUAUUUCGUUCUACACUCUUUAUUUUUAAUAAAAAUUUAUUAUUUUUAGAUUUUUCCUUUUGAUUCUUAAUAAAUCUUAUUCAUUUUUUUCUUUGAUUAUGUAUUUAUUAUAUUAUAUACUUAAUUAUGUAUACUCCGUAUAUAAUAGAUAUAUCUAUCUAUUCAUCUCUAUUCAUUUAGAUAUACUUAGUAUAAGUCUAUAUGAAUUCUAGUGAUUAUAGACUAUCUUUAAUAUAAGAAAAAUCAAAAUAUAUAUUAUUAAUAUAACAAUCAACAAAAAAUAACAUAACAGGUACAAAUACGAAAUUGAGGUACCCCAUUUUAUGAUAAACUUACCUUCCCUUUUUGUUCCUUUAGUGGGCCUAGUAUUUCCGGCAGUUGCAAUGGCUUCUUUAUUUCUUCAUGUUCAAAAAAACAAGAUUUUUUAGAUACGGGCAAAAGUACUACUAUUAAUAUUACCUUAAUAAGAUAAGGAGGAUUUAAUAUAACAACAAAAAUAUUAAUAUAACAA